AUGUCUAUCGCUCUCCCCAUCACCCCUGUUCCUCUAUUCAACCUCGCCGCCCCGGCCACGUACCAGGGCAUCGAGGUGGAGUGGAUCCUCGACCCCACUGCCUCGCCCAAGUUUGACGGCUCUUCGGACAUUGAGACCAUUUCGGCCAAGCUGGAGGCCAACUCGCCUCGCGACGGACCCGCUCUCCCCGAGCUCCCCGCCAAGCUCGACCGCGAUACCCCCUUCGCCGAGGUCGCCAAGAUCCUCGACGCGCUCGACGACUACCUCGCUUACCGCACGUACUUUGGCGGCGCGCAGAUUGGCUACAACGAUGUGCUCAUCUGGGGUCUGAUCCGCUCCAACAAGUCGGCGGCGGGAUCAGUCAAGAUUCCCGGCCGGCCCCACCUCGCUCGUUGGUACACGCAGUUCGAGACGACCGAGCUGCCCAAGACCAUCGCCGAGUCGUUCAACAAGGCCCGCUCCGACAUGGACAAGGGCAAGAAGGUCAAGCGCCAGGAGGUUAUUGAGGCGGUUCUUCCCAACGCUGUCGAGGGCAAGGUCGUCGUCCGCUUCGCUCCGGAGCCCUCUGGGUACCUCCACAUCGGUCACCUCAAGGCCGCCAUUCUCAACCGCUUCUUCGCCGACAAGUACAAGGGCAAGUACAUCCUCCGCUUUGACGACACGAACCCGUCCAAGGAAGAGGGUGAGUUCGAGGACGCGAUCAAGGAGGACCUGGCCAUGAUCGAGGUCGAGUUUGACAAGGUCGUCCACACCUCCGACCACUUUGACAAGAUCCGCGAGCACACCGUCAGGCUCAUCAAGCAGGGCGACGCGUUCAUGGACAACACGGACGCCGAGACUGUCAAGGAGCAGCGCCGGGCCGUUAUCCCUUCGAAGAACCGCGACCUCUCCAUCGAAGAGAACCUCAAGUUAUUCCAGGACAUGUGCGACGGCAAGGCUCCCACGUGGUCGCUCCGUGCCAAGAUCGACUACGAGCACAAGAACGGUGUAAUGCGCGACCCUGUCAUCUACCGUGCGGUUGAGGGCUCGCACCACAUCACUGGCACCAAGUACAAGGCGUACCCCAUGUACGACCUCGCAUGCCCGGUCAUCGACCACAUUGACGGCGUGACUCACGCACUCCGUGCCAACGAGUACGCAGCUCGCCACGAGCAGUACGAGUGGUUCAUCAAGAGGCUCGGCUUCCCCCACAUCGAGAUCUUCGACUUCUCACGUAUCGACUUUGUGUACACUGUGUUGUCUAAGCGCAAGCUCAAGUACCUCGUCGAGCAGGGUGUCGUCUCGGGCUGGUCCGACCCCCGUUUCCCUACCGUCCGCGGCAUCCGCUCGCGCGGUAUGACUGUCAAGGGUCUCAAGGAGUACAUCAUCAGCCAGGGUGCGUCACAGCAGUUGCUCCUGCUUGAGUGGGACGGCAUCUGGACUGUCAACAAGCGUGUCAUCGACCCCAUCGCGCCCCGUUACUGGGCCAUUGCCGAGGACAAGAUGGUCCCCGUCAAGGUCGAGGGCCGGGACACGGACGCUGAGACUGUCGAGAAGAAGCCGCUCCACAAGAAGAACCCCGAAGUUGGCGAGAAGGACCUCGUCUUCUCGUCCAACCUGAUCAUUGAGCAGGAGGAUGCCAAGACGUUUGGCGACAACGAGGAGAUCACUGCUAUGGACUGGGGAAACGCCUAUGUCGCCGACAAGAAGGUCAACGCUGCUGGCGAUGUCGAGGCCGUCACUCUCAAGCUCCACCUCGCGGGUGACUUCAAGAAGACGUCUAAGAAGGUUACUUGGCUCGCCGCUCCCACUAAGGAGCACCCGCUCGUCCCAGUCACGCUCAUCGAGUACGACUACCUGAUCACAAAGAAGAAGAUGGACGAGGCCGACGACCUCUCCAGCAUUGUCAACCCCAAGACCGAGUACCGCACGCCUGCGCUCGCGUCGGCCGAGGUCGCUAACCUCAAGAAGUGGGACAUCAUCCAGUUCGAGCGCAAGGGCUUCUACAUCUUCCAGGGUACCAAGGACGCCGAGGGUCGCAUGGAGUUUGGCUUCAUCCCCGAUGGUCGUCUCGCCACCAUCACUCUCAAGGCUACCCCCACCGCGGAGACCCCCAAGGUUGCUGGGGCUUCCAAGGGUUCGUGGGGCAAGCCCGGUGCCAAGAAGGCAGCUCCUGCUCAAGCGCCGGAGGGCGCCAAGGUCAACCUCUCGGACGCCACGGCGGGCUUUGAGAUCCCUGUCAAGGUCGACAUGUUCGAGUCUGCUCGCGUCUAUGGCAAGGAGGCCGUCCAGAUUAACCCCAAGGUCAACAUGUUCACCUCGAAGCCAGUCUACGACAACUAG